AUGGACUUUGACUUCAAGGAGCCGACAUUACUUGUCCAUGACCUUAUUCAUGCAACAAAGCUGGGUAAAUCCGAAGCCCAGGAAGAACUUGAAAAGCUUCUUUCCGAUAAAUGCAUGUAUGAUCUCUAUAGUUUCCUUGUGGAAAAAGGUAUAUUGCAGCCAAACCAUGAGCGCAUAGAUUCAUUGCUGAAUUGCAAAAAUCAGAGAAUUCAGGAGCUUGAGGAGCUUAGGAAGAAGGAAACAGAGAACGAAACGUAUGCAGAAGAAAUUGAGCGGAAGACGGCUGAGUUCUAUUGCCAAGUGAUGGAUACACAAAAUGGAUUUGAAUGGAUGAGGAAGCUCAUGAGAGACGACAUGUCAUUAUCGUUGAAGAUGGACAUUUCUCUAUGUAAAAUCAGAAUGGGUUUGAUUGUGGGGAACAAAAGAAUUGUUGAGGAGAGUAUUAAUGUGGCUGAUGACACAUACGAAAGAGGAUGUGAUUGGGACAGAAGAAACAGAUACAAAGUAUACAAGGGAGUAUUUAAAAUGAUGGAGAGGAAGUUUAAGGAAGCAGGAAUUUUGUUCAGCGAGGUGCUUCCAUCAUUUGAAUCAAGCGAGGUAAUAAGCUAUUCACGGGCUGUGAAAUAUAUGAUAUUCUGCGGCUUACUCGGAUUUGAGAGAAAUGAAAUUGAGACACGGAUCCUUAAAUGUAGUGAUGUAAUGGGAAGCUCCGAGAAGCUUGGGGUACAGCUGGCGACAUCAUUGUUUGAAUGCAAUUACGGAAGUUUUAUGGAAGACUUAUAUCUUUUUUGCAAGUCUCUCCAGGAAGACGUAUUUGUUGGAAGGUUUGUAAAUCUAUUCUGCCGAGAGAUGAGGCUGCGUGUUUAUGGACAGGUUCUUGAAAGUUAUCGCUCGAUGCUACUUGAAAAUAUGGCAGAAACAUUCGGGGUGAGUGUGGAGUAUGUUGAGGAGGAUCUUGGAGAGUUUAUAGUUGAGGGCCGCUUGUGGAGUAAAAUAGACCGUAUCUCCGGAGUUGUGGAAGUGACUUCUCGGGAAGACCAGGAUGCAUCAAGCAUCAUUGGAUAUGGAUGUGAUGUUGUGCGUAGAAUUAAGAAGUGUGUUAAAUAA